AUGUCAAUUUUACAUUUAAAUAAGGUUGAAAGUCGAAUAAUUCUUCAGGAUUAUAAAAGUAUACCAGGUUCUCAACUUCAUCACCUUCAUUUUAAUGAUGAUCAAAGCGAUGAAAAACAUCAUAAAGAAAUUGAUCAAAAUAAAAAUACACAUAUCAAACGAAAAAGUGAUUUUCUUUUAUCUUUAUAUGGUUUACCAUAUACUCUUGUCAACAAUUGA